CGUGUCCCGUGGUACCAUUUUUUGACAUUUGUGCUUUGACAGUUAAAUGUCUUUCUUUUCCAUUGUUCCAGAUCGUUUCUUUUGGUCAUCUUUUUUAAAAAAUCUUCAUAAAUAAAUGUUAUUAAUACUCGAAAACUACAAUUGGUACAUCUUCAAGAAAUCCUGAGUGAUGGCAGACACUGCGUUUUCCAAAAAUGAAGUUAUAGGACUCGUAGUGAGGUUAACUUUAGUCUCUGCUGCAACAUUUUUAAGCAUAAAAUGGAUAAUGAAUCAGAUAGAUCCCACAAACAAGAGCAAGAAAAAGGCUAGAAAAAGGGCUAUGGAACAACUCAAAAGGUUAUCAGCCACUAGUAAUGCGCCUUUAGCCGUAGAGAAGCUAAGCGAUUAUGAAAUGAUGAUUGCUGCACACUUGGUGCACCCACAGGAUAUCAAAAUCUCAUGGCACGAUAUUGCAGGCCUUGAAAGUCUCAUCCAAGAGUUGCGGGAGACUGUCAUUUUACCCAUACAGCGUAAGGAGCUGUUUGCUGAUUCUCAACUUACGACAGCGCCCAAAGGGGUGUUGCUGCAUGGUCCACCAGGCUGUGGUAAAACCCUUAUAGCAAAGGCAACGGCAAAAGAAGCUGGAACUCGCUUUAUUAACCUGGAUGUAUCUAUCCUCACAGACAAAUGGUAUGGAGAGAGCCAGAAGUUAGCUGCAGCUGUAUUUACAUUGGCUGUAAAAAUUCAGCCUUGCAUUGUUUUCAUUGAUGAAAUUGACUCGUUUCUGAGGGCCAGAACAAGCUCAGAUCAUGAGGCAACUGCAAUGAUGAAAGCACAGUUUAUGUCCUUGUGGGAUGGAUUGAUCACAGAUAAUAGUUGUACUGUCAUCAUCAUGGGUGCAACAAACAGACCUCAAGAUCUGGAUAGGGCCAUCCUUAGGAGAAUGCCUGCAACAUUCCAUAUCCCUAUGCCAAAUACAGCUCAGCGCCGGCAGAUUAUUAGGUUAAUCUUAGAAAACGAGCCUAUUUCAGACGACGUUGAUAUUGAAGCUCUAGCCAGAUCAACAGAAGGCUUCUCAGGCUCAGAUCUGCGCGAACUAUGUCGAAACGCUUCUGUCUACAGAGUUCGUGACUACCUGCGCAAUCAUAUCGAGCAUCCACGUAGUAACGAAGAUGAGGACGAGUACCAUGACGCUUUGAGGCCGAUCACCAUGGAAGAUCUGAAGUUCUCCUUCAGCAAGAUGCGGGAGAAUAAGAUCCAAUGCGGGUCUCUCCCUAUGCAGACUCGUAUUGACCUAGACUAGUGGUACGAGUUUGAUCUGGGGGCAUUUAAAACAAACUAUGGACAGUUUAAGGAGCUUUUUGCAAAGUGUAGUUAUUGUGUGUAAAAGCUGGUUAAGUAUAAUGUAUGUCCAAAUUCGAGUACUAUAUGGUUAUAUCUUCGAGUGAUAUUUGAAUGAGUAAUAAUUGUAGUGCUUUGUGGUCAGGUCACUUUAUUGAUAAAUGAAGAAAAUAUCACUGUUGUGAAGUGUUUUAUUUUCCUUGGAAGGCCUGAUAUUC